GGAGCCCGUCAGGGGCAGAGCGGCGCCAUGGAGCUGCGCCGGACGGUCCAGCUCUGCCGCUUCCACCUGCUUCUGCUGCAAUGCAAGAAGGACCCCUGGCUGCUCUCAGCCCCCCACAGCCGGCACCGCUCCAGAGCCCAGCCCCCCAGCUCUCCAACCCGGCGGGGACUGCUGAAGAGGAUGUUCCUUGGAGUGGCUUUGGGGGUCCCGCUGGUCGGUGGGGUCCGGUACGCCCUGGCUGAGAAGCAGGAACGCCGGAAGAUGAGGCUGCUGAUGGAUGGUGUGGGACGCUUUGUCAGGUCCGUGGGGCUGGGAAUGCAGAUCUCCCUGGAUUACUGGUGGACGGACCACGUCUUGCUGAGGGGACUAGAUGAGAACAGCCCGGAGUUUAAGGCCAUUGUGUCCAAGUGCCACCAGCGGGCAGCCGAUACCAUCGUCUAUGGGGCCAUUCAGAACGGCGGUCUCUACAUCAAGCUGGGCCAGGGCUUGUGUGCCUUCAACCACCUCCUGCCUCCCGAGUACAUCAGCACCCUGCGAGUCCUGGAGGACCGGGCUCUCAAGCGUGGCUACAUGGAGGUGGACGAGCUCUUCUUGGAGGACUUCAACGCCAGGCCCGACCAGCUCUUCCUGGAGUUUGACUACCAGCCGAUUGCCGCUGCCAGCCUAGCCCAGGUGCAUCGAGCCCGGCUGCAAGAUGGCACCCCAGUGGCUAUAAAGGUCCAGUACAUCGACUUGAGGGACCGGUUCAAUGCCGACAUCCGGACUCUGGAACUCCUGCUACAGAUUAUAGAGAUGAUGCACCCAAGUUUUGGGUUCAGUUGGGUCUUGAAGGACAUGAAGGGGACCCUGGCCCAGGAGCUGGACUUCGAGAACGAGGCACGCAACGGCGAACGCUGCGCCCGCGAGCUGGAGCACUUCAGCUUUGUGGUGGUUCCUCGGGUGUACUGGGACAAGAGCAGUAAGCGGGUCCUGACGGCUGAUUUCUACGAAGGCUGCAAAAUCAACGACGUGGACGGGAUCCGGCGGCAAGGUCUCCACGUCAAGGACGCAGCCUCCAAGUUGAUCCAGGUGUUCGCGGAGCAGAUCUUCUUCACGGGAUUCAUCCACGCAGACCCUCACCCAGGAAACGUUCUGGUGCGGAAAGGCCCGGAUGGGAAGGCCCAACUCAUCCUCCUCGACCACGGCCUCUACGAGUUUCUCCGUGAAAGAGACCGUGAGGCGCUGUGCAAACUCUGGCGAGCCAUCGUUGUGCGGGAUGACACAGCCAUGCGGACGCACUCCAGGCAGCUGGGCGUGAAAGCCGAGGACUACUUCCUGUUCUGUGAGAUUCUGCUGCAGCGGCCCAUCAACAUGUCGCAGCUGGCCAUGUCGAACGUGCUGACGCGGGAAGAGGCGGCCUACAUGCAGGAAAUGGCCAAGAACCGCUUCGACAACAUCAUGCAGGUGCUGAAGGACCUCCCGCGCUCCAUGCUGCUCGUCUUCCGCAACGUCAACACCGUCCGGGGCAUCAAUGUGGCCUUAGGGGCCCCCGUGGACCGCUACUACAUCAUGGCCAAAAGUGCGGUGAAGUGCUGGAGCCGAAGCAUCGCCAGGAAACAACUCGGCCUCAGCAGCCUCUUCUUCGUCCGCUGGAUCCGCACUGCCUGGGAAAGCCUCAAGUUUGAGUUUGCACUCUGGCUGCAGAUAGCCUCCAUGAGGCUGACUACCUCACUCCUGCGCUUCUUGGUUUUCGCCGGCUUUCUGGAAGAGGGAGAGGAACAGGAGCAGAUCUACCAGUACCUGCAGGCGUAGCCGGCCCAGCUGGGGGCCCAGAACCUCACCGACAGGACCGGCUGAGGGGAGGGCCUUCCCAGCUAGGAACGGCAAAAGGACCUCCUACCGGGAAAAAUAAAAUCCUAGUCGCUUUUGA